AUGGACGAUCACAUCGUGGGUGUCCUCGGUGGCGGUCAACUAGGGCGUAUGUUGGUGGAGGCAGCGAAUCGACUCAAUAUUCAGGUUGGAGUCCUUGAUGCCGACGGCGCUCCGGCAAAAUAUCUUGCAAACUCUGAUAAGCAUGUUACCGGAUCCUUCGCAAACGCGUCGGAUGUCAAGGCACUCGCUUCUAGAUGUGAUGUGCUGACCUAUGAGAUCGAGCAUGUUGACACCCAGAUUCUUGAAGAGCUAGAUUCAGAGAGACCCUAUGUCGAGGGUACCAAAUGGUCGAGGUUUCAACCCAGUUGGCAAACGGUCAGGACAAUUCAAGACAAAUUCACUCAGAAACAGCAUUUUGCGAAAUAUGCAAUCCCCACAGCUAAAUCCAUUGCGGUCAGCCCGUCACAGCAAGGACUGAAAGACGCCGGUGAGACGCUUGAAUACCCUUUCAUGCUGAAAUCUCGAACCCAAGCCUACGACGGGAGAGGUAACUUCCCGGUCAAGUCGGUGUCUGAUAUAGAACCUGCCAUCUCAGCUCUGGCAGAAAGACCUUUGUAUGCGGAGAAAUGGGCUCACUUCAAACUGGAAUUGGCAGUCAUGGUGGUGAAAACAGCCCAGGAGGACGAUUUGGACGCGUGGGAAAAGAACACCUUGGCGUACCCUACCGUUGAAACCGUUCAUGAAGACAGCAUUUGCAAGCUUGUCUAUGUUCCGCCUCGGGAUGUCUCGCAGCAAGUGGCACGCGCGGCCCAAGACCUAGCUCGACGUGCUGUUUCAACCUUUCGGGGAACUGGCGUCUUCGGGGUUGAAUUGUUCCUCCUUCCUGACAACAGCCUCGUCGUCAACGAAAUCGCCCCCCGACCUCACAACUCAGGCCAUUACACUAUCGAAGCAUGCCACAUGUCCCAGUUUGAAGCACAGAUUCGUGCGAUUCUACCUGAUCUAGCUGCAAGGAUACCUGCCGGGGCGACGGAUUUAACGGUGAAUGCAGCAAUCAUGUUGAAUAUCCUAGGGGGACCCCAGCCUGAUUCGCAUUUGCUAGUCGCCAAAGCUGCACUUGACGUGCCAGGAGCAAAAAUUCAUCUCUACGGGAAGGGUGAGGGUCGACCGGGACGGAAGAUGGGACACAUCACAAUCACCGGGUCAAGCUUGUCGGAAUGCGAGAGCAAAAUGCAUCCUUUGAUUCAGAUGGUGGACGCGGUACGAGCGCAUCGCAAAGACAGAUCUGAUCAGCCAUCUGCUGCCUCAAUUUUGAAUACGCAGGCAGAGCUUCUUGAUUCGAGGCCUGCACCGUCUCCUCGAGCUGUCAUAGCCGUGGUGAUGGGAUCUGACACCGACUUGGCUACUCUUCGCCCAGGUCUAACCCUCCUUGACACUAUGGGCAUUCCUUACGAAGUGCACAUCACCUCGGCACACCGGACGCCGCAGUACAUGCUCGACUUUGGCAAAGCUGCGGCUGGUCGUGGGUUUAAGGCCAUCAUCGCCGCGGCCGGCGGAGCAGCACACUUACCUGGCAUGAUGGCCUCGGAAACCACUGUACCCGUCAUCGGCGUGCCCGUGAAAGCCAGCUCGCUAGACGGGCUGGAUAGUCUAUUGAGUAUUGUGCAGAUGCCCAGGGGCAUUCCUGUGGCGACGGUGGGGAUUGGGAACUCGGUCAAUGCGGCGAUCCUGGCGGCCAGGAUUGUGGGAUCAAGCGACGAGAAGGCACGGAGGUGGGUAGCUGAGCACCUGCAGAAGAUGGACGACGAGAACAUGGAGAAAGAGCAUCGAUUGCAGGGAGAAGGCUGGAAGAUCUACAAGAAAUUGGACGGGUGA